AUGAGCUCGGAGAAGCCAAACUUUCUGUCGCAGCCGGUCGUGAAGAACGUGUUUAUGUACCGAAACGGCGACCCGUACUACGAUGCCCGCCGCAUUGUCAUCAACCACAAGAGGGUGGCCAACUUCGAGACUUUGCUGAGAGAGGUGACCGGCGGCAUCCAAGCCCCGUUUGGAGCCGUGAGAAACAUCUACACGCCGAGAGGAGGCCACAAGGUGGACUGCUUGGAGAGCCUGCGGAGCGGCGAGCAGUACGUCGCUGCUGGGAGGGAGCGAUUCAAAAGGCUGGAUUACCUACAGAUUGGUUCAAGAAGGAAGAAGAUGAUGCAGACUCUUCCCAUGCAGGUCAAACCACUGCCCCCGAAUCGAUUUGUUGUGUCAGCUCGAUUUCUGAAACCCAUCAAGGAGCCGUGUACAAUUUUUGCGGUAGCAAAUGGCGAUGUCUUGAACCCCGCCAUGAGGCUGCUGAUCCACCAGAGGAUGCUCAGCCAGUUUGAAAGAAUCCUGGAGAUGAUCACAGAGAAGAUGGGCUUGAAAGUCCUCGGGGGGGUGCGAAGUCUCUACACCUAUGAAGGCCACCAGGUGACUGAUGGGAAUCAAAUGGAGAGCGGUCAGCUGUAUGUUGCUGUGGGAAGAGAAAGGUUUAAGAAGCUGCCCUACAGUGAUCUUCUUUUCACCAAACCCAGAGGGACAAGGAGAGUCAAUGGAAUGAAAGCUUACUCAUUACCGCCUAUCUACAGAUUCUCCAAGCAAAAUGGAAAUAGUAAGUCUAUGGUCAGAUGCAGUGAUAGUGGUGGUGGAGACUCAAAGGCCUCUCCUCCGAGCCACAAUGGCAGCAAAGAUCAGCUGUCCUCCAUCGUCAGAGAGAUCUCUCAGGCCAGACUCAUGUCCCUCAGGAAGAAGAGGAGUGGACAGAGCAUGACCCUCGGCAUCUCUGAUAAUGAUGACCUGGAAUCAAAGGCUGAUGAUGAGAAAACUGAGGACAAGACCUCCCAAGACGAGCCAGCUGAGGAGAAUCCUGCAGAUGAUGCUACAAAAGCCUCAGUGGACAAUGGUGAAACAGCAGAAGAUAAGGAGGAGGCUGUUGCUGAAAACACCACAGAAGAAGAAGAGCCUUCCACUAAUAAAGAGGAAAUUAAUGGAAACCAAGAGAGAAGUGGGGAAAAAGAAGCAGGGGAAGAGAAGGGGGAUAAUGCCAAGCAACAUGAUGAAAAAGAGGGAGAAAUGUCUGGAUCUGAAGAGAAGAAGGAGGAGGAGGAGGUAAAAGAUGUACAGGAGGUAGUCACAGAUGAGAGUAAGGAGGAGGUUAAACGUGAGGAGCUGCGGUCCAGCAGUAGCAACAGUGAUAAGACCCAGGACGGUAAAGAGAAAGAGGAUGGAGGCCAUACAUCUUCUGAGGGAAAGAUAGAGGAGCGAGACCAAAACAUAGAAGAAGAGAAGCGAGAUAAAGACAGUGAGAACGGGGAGAAGAGCAGCGAGGACCAGGUUAAUGAUGAAGACACGGGGGAAGAACAGCGAGAGACAGAAAACAGCCGCCACCCGGGGACGACUCGUUCCGAUAACGAGACAAAAGAGAGCGAUGACGGCAGGAAUAGCAGUCGCGGCAGUAACCGGGGAGAAGAUGUGGGCCAGAAGAAAGAGGGAGCUACCGAGGAGGCCGGAGAAGAACAGAGAGAGGUGAACGGAGAGGUCAGCGGAGAGGUCAGCGGAGAGGUCAGCGGAGAAGACGAUGAAGUGGAAACGGGAAAGGAGACGGACAACGUCGAGAAUUCAUCCAAAGAUGCCGCAGCGAACGGAGAGAAAGAGGUUGAUUAUGAAGAAGAGAAUCAAAAUAAAAACAGGGAAUAA